AUGGCCGGGGGGGCGACGGCGGCCCCGGCCCCCGGGGCUCUGCUCUGCGCCCUGCUCUGGGCGGCGGCGGCGGCGGGGGGCGGCCCCGGGGGCAGCCCCGCGCCCGGCGCCUUCGGCCGCGUCUACCGGGGCGCCGUGAACAUCAGCGCGGAGCGGGUCUACGCCUUCGCCUACAGCAGCCAGCCCGGGCAGGUAGAUGCAGUGCGGGUGUACGUGAACAGCAGCUCUGAAAACCUCCAAUAUCCUGUCCUGUUUGUAGUUCGCCAGCAGAAGGGAGUGCUGUCGUGGCAGGUCCCACUUAUUUUUCGAGGCCUCUAUCAGAGGACCUACAAUUACCAAGAAGUGAGUCGGACCCUCUGUCCCUCUGAGCCAACACCUGAGACAGGACCCUCUGACCAGAUUAUAUUUGUGGACGUCGCUUCCAUGGCACCAUUUAAUAUUGCGUAUGAGCUGCUAGUCACCAGGCUUGAGAACUUCCAACUUGAGACCAACAAAGCCUUUAACUUCACUGCCAGCCCUUCCCAGCCCCAGUAUUUUCUGUACAAGUUUCCUCAGGAUGUCGAUUCAGUCAUUAUUAAAGUGGUGUCUGAUGCAGUCUACCCAUGCUCGGUUGUCUCCGUCCAGGAUAUUGUGUGCCCAGUCUAUGACCUGGACCAUAACGUGGAGUUCAACGGUGUUUACCAGUCUAUGACAAAGCAGGCAGCUAUAACUGUGCAGAGAAAGGAUUUCCCAGGUGAGCAGUUCUUCGUUGUGUUCGUCAUCAAACCAGAGGAUUAUGCCUGUGGGGGUUCUGUGCCUUCUUCCAUUCAUGGGAAUGUGAACCGUACCUGGAAUCUGCAGCGGACAAAGAACCUUCAAGUGACGAUUGUGCCCUCCAUUAAAAAGUCUGUUUAUGUCCAGGCCAUGUUCUUCAGCUUCCUGAGUUUCCUCUCCUUUUACUUGGGCUCAGUGGUGGUUGCUUUCGUGCACUACGUCAGGGUUCGGAGGAAGGCUUCGGCUGGGAGAUUGAGUCCUGAGGAUGGAUCUGGGAUUAUGACAUCUUCGCAUCCCAUCACCACCAGCACCCCUGAAGGAAGCAGCUAUGGUGCUAUCGACGAAUCAAGCUCCAGCGGUGGACGGCACUUGUCUUCCCCUGAGCGUGGGCCACCAGCUGGUUCUGACACAGACAGCUCUGUGGAGGAGGAGAGCGACUUCGACACCAUGCCAGAAAUUGAAAGUGAUAAGAAUGUCAUCCGCACUAAGGUGUUCCUCUAUCUAUCAGACUUGUCCAGGAAGGACCGAAGGAUUGUCAGCAAAAAAUACAAAAUCUAUUUCUGGAACAUCAUCACCAUUGCAGUGUUUUAUGCCCUGCCGGUCAUCCAGCUCGUCAUCACUUACCAGACGGUAGUGAACGUGACAGGCAAUCAGGACAUCUGCUACUACAACUUUCUGUGCGCCCAUCCCCUUGGGGUGCUGAGUGCCUUCAACAACAUCCUCAGCAACGUGGGCCACAUGCUGCUGGGCUUUCUUUUCCUCCUCAUUGUGUUGCGCAGGGACAUUCUCCACCGUCGGGCCAUGGAGAUGAAAGAUGUCUAUACCCUGGACUAUGGGAUCCCAAAGCAUUUUGGUCUCUUCUAUGCUAUGGGCAUCGCUCUGAUGAUGGAAGGGGUGCUCAGUGCCUGUUAUCACGUCUGCCCUAAUUACUCCAAUUUCCAGUUUGACACUUCCUUCAUGUACAUGAUCGCAGGACUGUGCAUGCUCAAGCUCUACCAGACCCGCCACCCAGACAUCAAUGCCAGCGCCUACUCUGCCUACGCCUCGUUUGCUGUAGUCAUCUGUCUGGCUGUCCUUGGAGUGGUGUUUGGGAAAAAUGACAUGUGGUUUUGGGUAAUUUUCUCAAUGAUCCAUGUUUUGGCGUCACUGGCUCUCAGCACCCAGAUCUACUACAUGGGCCGCUUCAAGAUCGAGGGCCCUGACUCAGACUUUGGGAUAUUUCGACGGGCAGCAAUGGUGCUAUACACAGACUGUAUCCAGCAGUGCAGUCGGCCGAUGUACAUGGACAGGAUGGUUCUGCUCAUUGUUGGGAACCUGGUCAACUGGUCCUUUGCUAUCUUCGGGCUGGUGUAUCGGCCCAGAGACUUUGCCUCCUACAUACUGGGGAUCUUUAUCUGUAACCUGUUGCUGUAUCUGGCUUUCUACAUCAUCAUGAAGCUCCGUAGCUCUGAGAAGCUCCUGCCCAUCCCCCUGUUCUGCAUUGUGGCCACGGCGGUGGUGUGGGCAGCUGCCCUCUAUUUCUUCUUCCAGACCCUCAGCAGCUGGGAGGAGACUCCAGCAGAGUCCCGGGAAAAGAACCGGCCAUGCAUCCUGCUGGGCUUCUUCGAUGACCAUGACGUCUGGCACUUCCUCUCCGCGGCUGCCUUGUUCUUCUCCUUUCUGGUCCUGCUGACCCUGGAUGAUGACCUGGAUGUGGUGCGCAGGGACAAGAUCCCAGUGUUCUAA